AUGCAGUCAGAGGAGCUAUUCAGCAGAAAACUCAAGGCCUUAAAUGGAAGCAUGGGCCCACCGGCCUCCAGCAUGCAGGUGAAGCCUGAUGGUGCUGGCAAAACAAAUGGUACUCCAGCCAUGCCUAAAAUGGGUGUCAGGGCCAGGGUGACAGAAUGGCCACCGCGGAAAGAUGGAUGGGACGGACGACCUUCACCAAACUAUCAGAGUGUGAUACCAGUGUUUCAGAACGGACAGCAGGAACACGUCGUGGAAAUACUGGAACAAGGUGAGGCUGUCUGUGUGGAGGUGGACUACACUGACAAAUACAGUCUGAACGACUUUCUCAGCGCCUCCCCACUAAAGGGUCUCCACCCGAUCCGCCAGCGCAGCAACAGUGAUGUCACCAUAAGCGACAUUGACUCUGAGGACAUCAUGGACCAGAGCGCUGUCAACCCAAACACCGGGGCUUCGCUGCACCGUGAAUAUGGCAGCACAUCUUCUAUCGAUCGGCAGGGUCUCAGUGGGGACGGCUUUUUCACCAUGCUUAGGGGCUACAGGGUGGAUAACCUGGACCAUCGCAGCAUACCACCGAUGGGUUUCCCGGAGCUGCUGCGCUGCGAUGCGUCCCUCUCUCCGAGUUUGCAGACUGCAGCCCAAAUUGCCAGGGGGGAGAUAGUCCACAUUCCAGGCUACGAUUACAUAGACAGUUCUCUUCUCUACAGCCGGGAACGGGAAAAGUCCUUCAUGAGGCGUCUCAAAUCUGAGUCAACAGAAACGUCUCUAUUCAGGAAGCUGCGGACCAUAAAGAGCGAAAGCGAUGCGCUGCGACUCUCCAUAGAGGACGACCGUCGGCCGCUGAGCUUCCAAAAAUGUUUUGCCCACUACGAUGUCCAGAGCGUGCUUUUUAACAUCAGUGAAGCCGUCGCAAGCAGAGCUAACCUGAGCCAGAGGAAGAAUACCACCACUGGGGCCUCGGCUGCCUCAGCCGGAGUAGUGGCUGGUGUCAGUGGAGUGUCAGGAGGUGGGGCUGGACUUGGGGCUGGACUUGGGGCUGGACUUGGGGCUGGACUUGGGGCUGGGGCAGAUGGCGGGGCAGCAGGUUGCAGUAGUGGAAACCUCCCCAUGUUUGAGUCUCCUCUUGGCAGCAGGGAAGACUUAAACCCCAAAGAGAACCUGGAUGCUGAUGAGGGGGACGGAAAGAGUAGCGGCCUAGUGCUGAGCUGCCCGCAUUUUCGCAAUGAGAUCGGUGGUGAAGGCGAGAGGAAGAUCUCCCUCUCCAGAGUCAACAGUGCCAACUACAGUGGUGUUUCAGAGAGCUGCUCCUUUGAGUCAUCUCUCAGCUCACAUUGUACCAACGCAGGUGUCUCUGUACUGGAGGUGCCUAGAGAAAACCAGCCGAUCCACAGGGAGAAGGUCAAACGCUACAUCAUCGAGCACAUUGACCUCGGUGCAUACUACUAUCAUAAGUACUUCUAUGGGAGAGAGCAUCAGAACUAUUUUGGGGUUGAUGAAAACCUGGGACCCGUGGCAGUAAGCAUCCGCAGGGAGAGGCUGGACGAUGGAAAAGAAAAAGAAGGAAUGCAGUACAACCACCGGGUCACCUUCAGAACCAGCCAGCUUACCACCCUCCGUGGAGCCAUCCUUGAAGAUGCCAUUCCUUCCACGGCAAGACACGGAACGGCCCGCGGGCUUCCGCUUAAGGAAGUGCUUGAGUAUGUCAUCCCUGAGCUGAAUAUUCAGUGUCUGAGGCUGGCCCUCAACUCUCCCAAAGUCCCAGAACAGCUCCUCAAACUGGAUGAGCAAGGGCUAAGCUUCCAGCACAAGGUGGGGGUGCUUUACUGCAAGGCGGGCCAAAGCACAGAGGAAGAGAUGUACAAUAACGAGAGUGCCGGACCAGCCCUGGAUGAGUUUUUGGAUCUGCUUGGUCAGAGGGUGCGUCUCAAAGGCUUCACCAAGUACAGAGCUCAACUGGAUAACAAGACCGACUCCACGGGCACGUAUUCUCUUUACACGACCUACAAGGAUUACGAGUUGAUGUUUCAUGUUUCCACUAUGCUCCCGCACACACCCAACAACCGACAACAGUUAUUGAGAAAAAGGCAUAUUGGCAACGACAUCGUCACCAUAGUAUUCCAGGAGCCUGGGGCCCUUCCUUUCACUCCAAAAAACAUCCGCUCUCAUUUCCAACAUGUGUUUGUCAUCGUCAAAGUCCACAACCCCUGUACUGAUAACGUCUGCUACAGUGUGGCUGUAUCCAGAUCAAAAGACGUGCCUCCAUUUGGCCCCCCUAUUCCCAAGUCCGUAACUUUCCCGAAGUCUGCAGUUUUCAGGGACUUCCUGCUCGCCAAGGUCAUCAAUGGCGAGAACGCCGCCCACAAGUCUGAGAAGUUUCGGGCCAUGGCGACUCGCACGCGGCAGGAAUACUUGAAGGACCUCGCUGAGAACUUUGUGAGCACGGCGACUGUGGACUCUGCUGUGAAAUUCAGUUUCAUUAACCUCGGAGCUAAGAAGAAGGAGAAAGUUAAACCAAGGAAGGACGCACACCUGCUGAGUGUGGGAGCCAUCACCUGGAGCGUGUGUGCCAGGGACUUUGGCCAGUCGAUGGAUGUGGACUGCUUGCUAGGCAUAUCCAAUGAGUUCAUUGUGCUCAUCGAAGAGGAGUCCAAAAACGUGGUGUUCAACUGUUCGUGUCGCGACGUCAUCGGAUGGACUUCGGGGAUUAUGAGCAUUAAGAUCUUCUAUGAGCGCGGGGAGUGUAUCAUGCUGUCUGCGCACGACAGCUGUGGAGAAGAUAUACGGGAGAUGGUGCAAAGACUAGAGAUCGCUACUAGAGGCUGCGAGACGUCAGAGAUGACUUUACGACGGAACAGCCUGGGCCAGCUGGGUUUCCAUGUCAACUUUGAGGGCAUUGUGGCUGAUGUGGAGCCCUUUGGCUUCGCCUGGAAGGCAGGGCUGAGACAGGGCAGCCGACUGGUGGAGAUCUGCAAGGUGGCUGUUGCCACGCUCACUCACGAGCAGAUGAUUGACCUGCUGCGAACAUCCGUCACUGUCAAAGUGGUCAUAAUCCAGCCGCAUGACGACGGCACUCCUCGGAGGGGCUGCUCUGAGCUCUACCGAAUCCCAAUGGUGGAGUACAAGGUUGACAGCGAGGGUACCCCCUGUGAGUACAAGACACCCUUCAGGAGAAACACCACCUGGCACCGGGUGCCCUCAGCUGCUGGAGCUCCUCUGUCCAGAGGCUCGCCCACUCAGGGUCCUGACCGUCUGCAGUGUCAGCAGAUCCUCCAACAGCACCAGGCCGCCAUCCCUCGGAGCACCUCAUUCGAUAGGAAACUGCCGGAUGGAUCAAGGACCAUGCAGGACAUGGAGAAUCCCCAGCUCACCUCAUGUAACAAGGGAGACCAGCACUACCGCAGCUCCCCCAGUAACCAGUCCUCCUCCAGUGAUCCAGGACCAUGCGGCAGCAGCAACUGGUCCCAACAGCCCGGAUAUGAUGGAUGUCCCUCCCCCAUCCUCCACGAACGGGCAGGGGACAUACAGGGAGGCGAUGGAGAGAUCCGCAGGGAGAGGGAGCCCACUCUGGAGAGGACCAGGUCUGCAGAGACCAAAUGGCACAUCCCCUCCACCAAGAUCCUGAACCCUCUGAAGCAGAGAGAAGGAGGAAAAGACUCCCCGAGCAAGCUGUCAAGGACGGGUGACAAAAACUCAAGCCACUCAAGUAGCAAUACUCUUUCAAGCAACGCCUCCAGCAACAGCGACGAUAAGCACUUUGGCUCUGGAGACCUGAUGGACCCAGAGAUGCUGGGCCUCACUUACAUCAAAGGGGCUUCAACUGACAGCGGCAUAGACACUAAUCCCUGCGUGCCCCCCGGGGCCCGGGUGUUGCUGCAAAAUCGGGUGGGGGAGCAGGGCCACCCCUGGGGCUCAGAGCACCAUGAGGACGGAGUGCCAGAGGAAGAUCAUGGGAAACUUUACCUACAGCAGGGCUUCGCUUCAGCCAUAAUGUCUAGUCAUGUAACGGAGGGCAGCAUUGGGGACUUAAGCGAAAUAUCCUCCCAUUCAAGUGGCUCACACCACUCGGGCAGUCCCCUGGCCCGUGGUGCCAGGUACUGUAUAUCUGCUGACUCCUCCAAGGUGUACACCAUCCCCCAGACCAGCAGCUCAGGUCCAGAGCCGGGGCCCGGGCCCGGGCCCAGCUCGGAGGCCUGUGGGCAGACACGCACACAGUCCAGUGGCAAACUGUCAGUGGACGUGAAGACGGCUGAUGAUGAUGAUGAUGAUGGUGAUGAUGAUACCCACAGCACUGAGGGACCUCCCAACAUUUCAGAGUGUGGAGGAGCAGAGAGUUUGUUAGCCUUCCUCCUCAAAAUGCUGUCUGAGCGUUCCAGGCAGCUGUACGCGCAAGAAGCAGCCUGCCAGCUCCAGGCAGCUGAGCGAGACGGAAAAUCACUGCAGCGACUUUCAAAAGAAGAAUACCGUAAGAUGAUGCUGCCUGACAGCCCUCCAGGACAAGACAGGAGUCGGAAGGUGUCGGCGGUGGACAGCUUGUCGCCGAGGCGCUCCCUAUACCGGACGCUGUCGGACGAGAGCGUGUGUAGCAACCGUAAAGCCUCAUCUUAUGCCAGCUCGCACAGCUCCGUGCUGGACCAAGCCAUGCCCAACGACAUCCUGUUCAGCACCACUCCACCUUACCACAGCACGCUGCCCCCCCGCAUGGUCCACAACCAGGGAGCAUCCAACCUGCGGAGUGAGUUUUGGUUCUCUGACGGUUCCUUGGCGGACAGGUCCAAGUUCAGCGACCCGGGCCUCAUGCCCCUCCCCGACACUGCCUCGGGCCUGGACUGGUCUCACCUGGUUGAUGCAGCACGAGCCUUUGAAGACCAACGUGUGGCGUCUUUCUGCACAAUGACGGACAUGCAGAGGGCCGAGGCUCUGCAGAUCUCAAGAGAGCUGACGAGGCGGGUGGUGGAGGCGGAGGGAGCAGCGCUGGAAGCAGAAAGCUCCCCAUCCACACUUACCGGCAAAGUCAACCAACUGGAAGUGAUUCUCAGGCAGCUGCAGCACGACCUCAGAAAGGAGAAAGAGGAUAAGGCAAUGUUACAGGAGGAGGUGCAACACCUGAGACAGGACAACAUGCGACUGCAGGAGGAAAGCCAGACGGCAGCAGCUCAGCUCAGGAAGUUCACAGAAUGGUUCUUUCACACCAUUGACAAGAAACCCUGA